AGAGUGUGACGAGUAGUGGGAACGAGAGAGAGAAAGAGCCAUGGAGAAGAAGCAGUUGGAGCAGUUCAAAGGGCAAGCGAGACUGCCCAAAUCGGCCGUCCCGAAACGUUACGACAUCAAGCUCAAACCGGACCUGGUGAACUGCAAGUUCGAAGGCGCCGUCGAAAUAUCCGUCGACGUAUUGGCCGACACCAGCUUCAUCGUCCUCAAUGCCGCCGAUCUCGUUGUUGACCCUAAAUCCGUUCGCUUUUCCACAGAUCAGACUGGUUCCAAGCUGGUGUUGGAGGCUUUGGAGGUUGAGCUGUUGGGAGAAGAUGAGAUCCUGGUGGCGGAGUUUCCCCGGAAUCUGCCGCUCGGAGUUGGGGUUUUGUCCAUUUCCUUCCAAGGAACCCUCAAUGAUAAAAUGAAAGGCUUCUACAGAAGUACUUAUGAGCAUAAUGGGGAGAAGAAGAACAUGGCAGUGACACAGUUUGAACCAGCUGAUGCUAGGCGGUGCUUUCCCUGUUGGGAUGAACCUGCUUUUAAGGCUACAUUCAAAAUCACAUUGGAGGUGCCAUCAGAGCUCAUAGCUCUUUCCAAUAUGCCAGCUAUUAAUGAAAAAAUGGACGGCACUGUUAAGACAGUUUGCUAUCAGGAAUCGCCUGUCAUGUCUACUUAUUUGGUGGCAGUUGUCGUUGGUUUGUUCGACUAUUUGGAAGAUCAUACUUCUGAUGGAAUCAAAGUCCGGGUUUAUUGCCAAGUUGGCAAGGCUAGCCAAGGAAAAUUUGCUUUAGACGUUGCUGUCAAAACACUCGAUCUUUACAAAAAGUACUUUGCUGUGCCAUAUUCACUGCCCAAAUUGGAUAUGGUUGCAAUCCCUGAUUUUGCAGCUGGAGCUAUGGAGAACUACGGUCUAGUUACAUAUCGUGAAACGGCUUUGCUCUAUGAUGAAAAACACUCUGCGGCUGCUAACAAACAGAGGGUUGCAACUGUUGUGGCCCAUGAACUUGCACACCAGUGGUUUGGCAAUCUUGUGACAAUGGAAUGGUGGACUCAUCUUUGGCUGAAUGAGGGAUUUGCAACAUGGGUGAGCUAUUUAGCAGCUGAUAGCUUGUUUCCAGAAUGGAAAAUUUGGACACAGUUUCUUGAUGAAAGUACAGAGGGCCUUAGGUUGGAUGGGCUUGCAGAGUCGCAUCCCAUUGAGGUCGAGAUAAAUCAUGCUAGUGAGAUUGAUGAAAUAUUUGAUGCAAUUAGUUACAGGAAAGGUGCAUCUGUUAUCCGCAUGCUGCAGAGCUAUCUUGGUCCUGAAUGUUUCCAGAGGGCCCUUGCUUCAUACAUUAAAAAAUAUGCUUGCUCAAACGCAAAGACAGAAGACUUGUGGGGUGUCCUUGAGCAGGAAUCUGGUGAACCAGUGAAUGAGCUGAUGAAUUCAUGGACAAAACAAAAAGGUUACCCAAUUGUAUCUGUCAAAGUCAAAGGUCAAAACUUGGAGUUGGAGCAGUCACAAUUCCUGUUGGGUGGUUCCCCUGGGGAUGGGCAAUGGAUUGUUCCAAUAACACUGUGCUGUUGCUCAUAUGAAAAUCGCAAGAGUCUUCUAUUGCAAGUAAAAUCUGAAACUCUUGAUACAAAGGAAUUCCUUGGCUGCUCAAUCUCCGAAGGUAGCCUUGCAGAUACAGGGGUUUGGAUAAAACUAAAUGUAGAUCAGACAGGCUUUUAUAGGGUGAAAUAUGGUGAAGAACUUGCAGCCCGACUUCGAUAUGCAAUAGAGGCCAAAUACUUGUCUGCAACUGAUAGAUUUGGAAUUUUGGAUGAUUCAUUUGCCUUAUGUAUGGCAUGCCAUCAGCCCUUAGUCUCCUUGCUUACCUUGAUGGGUGCUUACAGGGAGGAACUUGAAUACACUGUUCUGUCUAACUUGAUCAGUAUAAGCUACAAAAUUGCAAGAAUUGCUGCUGAUGCUGCUCCUGAAUUGCUGGAUAACAUGAAACAGUUUUUCAUUAACCUGUUUCAGUGUUCAGCAGAAAAACUAGGUUGGGAUCCUAAAGAAGGUGAGAGCCACUUGGAUGCCAUGUUGAGAGGAGAACUAUUGACUGCCUUAGCCCAGUUUGGACAUGUUGUUACACAGAAUGAAGCAAGAAGGCGUCUUAAUGCAUUCUUAAAUGACAGGAAUACACCUCUUCUUCCACCUGACAUAAGAAGGGCUGCCUAUGUGGCUGUGAUGCGAACUGUCAGCACAUCAGAUAGAUCUGGUUAUGAAUCUCUUUUGAGGGUUUAUCAAGAAACCGACCUGAGCCAGGAGAAAACACGAAUUCUAGGUGCUUUAGCAUCCUGUCCAGAUCCAGAUAUUGUGCUUGAAGUUCUCAACUUUAUACUGUCCUCUGAGGUUCGCAGCCAAGAUGCUAUUUUUGGAGUCCAAGUUGGUAUAGAGGGGCGUGAAACAGCUUGGAGGUGGCUGAAGGAUAACUGGGAUUACAUCUCAAAGACAUGGGGCUCUGGGUUUCUGAUCACUCGCUUUGUCAGCACAGUCGUGUCACCAUUUGCUUCUUUCAAUAAAGCAAAGGAAGUGGAGGAGUUCUUUGCAAGCCGGACUAAGCCUGCAAUCGCAAGGACCUUGAAGCAGAGCGUGGAGCGGGUUCACAUCAAUGCAAAGUGGGUUGAAAGCAUUCAGAAGGAGAAGCAUCUAGCUGAGGUUGUUCAAGAGCUGGCUCACAGGGAGUACUAAGAGACAACAAGACAGCAUGAGAAGGCAUUCCAUUUCCACAGCACAGAAUCCUCAUUUACACCCAGUAACCAAAAACUCUCAUAAGAACAAUUUAGGGAAAAUCAGUUCUAUAAUAAUAAUCAUAGUAAUCUGGAUUAUUGUUCUGUAUCCUUUUUGAUAAAGCUUGGUGGUGGUUGGUUUUUUGAAAGAUACUCUGGUUCUGUGUCCAAUGAUUUUAUGCCUGUUGCCGUCUCUAUCUAUAUAUAAUGCAGCAUUCACUUGCCAUGAAAACAGUUUUACCAUUU